GUGGAACUGAAAAUGAAGUACAAUGACCAGCACUGCAAGUCCAGAGGUCUUCUUUCAGGCCAUCACUGGUAUGAGAUCCAGGCCUACAGAGCUCUAAACCAGGCUCUGGGAAGGUGCAUCCGGCACAAGAAUGACUGGGGCGCUCUGAUUCUUGUUGAUGACCGAUACAAGAACAAUCCUAAUAAAUAUAUUACAGGUCUGUCUAAAUGGGUCCGCCAGUUCGUCCAGCAUCACAACACCUUCAGCAAUGCAAUGCAGUCUCUGGUAGCUUUCUCUAAGGUGCAGCGCAAGGUGGAGGUGGCCCCUGUGGACAUUACAGUGCUCAACUCUUCCGAUUCUUCAAGCAAGAGCCCCCUGUCAGUUUCUGUUGAAAAACAGAGUCUUAGCGGAGAACCAGGAUCUCAGAGACCAAGUUCAUGUGGAAAACCACGUAAUCCCCAGCAGAAUACAACCACACCGCAGAAAACCAAACAAAAUAAUACCGCAGAACCACUGAGGAUACUGCAAAGUGCUCCGGCUAAGCAACUCGCAGCCCGGCCUUUGUUUCCCAUCUUCGCCUCCAGCCCUACAAACACCAACUUAAAGAAGCCGAUCUUUAAAGGAAAACCACUGAAUAGCUCCGACCAGCCUGAGGGCCGCCAGAUCUCUUCUCCACCAGUGGAUCCUGAAACAUUUAGCCCUAAGCCAGCUGCUGGAAACUGUCUGAGUGAACACUCAGAGGAACCCAGUGAUCUGGCUCCUGGGGUGCCUACGGUAACGCCCCCUCCCAGCUUUGAAAGUGAAUCACCAGUGGCAGCAAACACAUCCGCUGACGAUGAGGACGAGACUGUUUACUAUACUCCAGAACUUUUUGAAGUUGAAGCAGUUGAAGGCAACCCACAAAAAGAGAAUCCAGUGUCACCUCCCAGGGUGGUUCCUGGUACAGAGAGCCCAGGCCUUCCUUCUGACGGAGGGAGUGAGUCUACCCAAGAGUUAGCCACUGCUUUUGAUGAACACAGCGCUGCCUCAGUCAGUAAGCAAAGUACAGAGGUAUCUCAGGGACAGAAAGAGGACAUCAGAAGACCGAAGCUCAGUGAGAAAGGACAGGAGGCUGAGAGCCAGAGCAGACAGAGAGAAAGUAGACCUCACAGACUAUCCAGGUCCAGGCAGAAAAUCCCCUCCAGUCAGACAGCUGUAAAAGUACGGAGAUCCUAUAGGCAAAAGCACAGAAGAUUUAUGAAGGACUCUUCAGUAUUGAACAGCAUCGGAGACAAGAAAUCAUGUUCUCCGGGACUUUACUGUUCUCUCUGUGGACAGGAACUACUUCCUGAUGCACAUGUCUCAGUCCAGCGUGAUGUGUGUAAUAAAAAGCAUCUAGCUGUUCUAAGAGAACUGAAACGUAAUCCUGGAGCAGAUACCUGCCGCUGUCAGUGUGUUCCUCAGCCGUCAGUUUCAUAUGACCAGAUGCUGCUGGUUCAACAGCCCUCGUCACUAAGGGCCUUGAGGACAGCUCUGCAGCCCUACUGUGAUCAGAGUUCACCUCCAUACAACGCCAUCUGGGACCCUGACGAGCGUUCUGUUACCAGAUUUCUACAAUGCAAAAACUGCUCCUCUCAGAGCCUAAACAUUUCCACACCUUUGAUAGCUGCUGAGGUCCACUACCCUGCAAAUGACGAUGAAGAUCAGAUGUGGCUGGCCCCAGCAGCAGUCCACCUCUGCUCUCUGAUUCACGGAGAAACUGAAUUAGGGGACUUUCCUUCUGCCUGAGUGUUUGUGUUAUAUUACCAAAAAUCUCUGCUUGUGUCCUAUGUAACUGUGUAACUUUCAGAUAAAUGGCAUCCCAUGAAAAAUCCUGUCUCAUCAGUUGGCAUUCAUUUUGAACAAUGCGGCAUUAUUAUUUUAUGCCAA